AUGCCUUAUGGAAUUUUUACACUUUUAUAUAAUGCAAAUUAUUUAGCUGGUGCAUUAGUCUUGGGUUCGGUGGUCAAAAGAUUGAUAUCUACAUCAGAAGACAAUUCCAAUUACAAAUUAGGUAUAUUAAUAGAUAAAUCAAGGUUCACAAACCAUCAACUUAAUUUACUUUCCAAAUAUUAUGAAGAUUUAUAUGAUGUAAAUGUGUUAACGUCCACAAUUUCAAAUAAGUUAAAUCAUGAUUUGAAACGUCCUGAAUUAGAUAAAACAUUUACAAAGAUUCAAUUAUGGUCAUUAACAAGGUAUGAAAAGAUUUUAUAUCUUGAUUCGGACACAUUACCUAUCGUACCUACUACAAAUAAUCUCAGUUCAAUUUUAAAUUUAUUAUCAUUAGAUUUUCCCAAUUUUAAAAUUUUAGCAGCUCCAGAUUCCGGGUUUCCUGACAUUUUCAAUUCUGGAGUGUUUGUUUUAAAACCAAAUUUAAAUGACUAUUCAAAUCUAUUAAAUUUAGUCAAUGAAAGUGCCAUAAAUCCAAAUGUUUCAUUUGAUGGUGCUGAUCAAGGUUUACUAAAUCAAUAUUUUAAUCUGAAACCAGAUUGGGUAAAAACUGUGUUAAGUAAAGGCGAAUCAAUAAUAGAUCAAACUAGUGAUUCAGAUUCAAAUUGGAUUAAAAUUCCAUUUUUAUAUAAUGUUACACCUUCAGUAGCUUAUGAAUAUUUACCUGCAUUUAAACAUUUCCAACAUGGACCAGAAGGACCUAAACCAGAGGAAAAAGGGGCCCAAUUGGGACACCAUGGUGGUGAGCAGCCAGCUUAUGAUCAAGAAGUCAUUCAAUCCACUUUUGAAACUUUAACUCGUUAUAAUACAACUGCUUUGAAUUAUUACGACACUGAUCAAAUUAAGUUAUUACAUUUCAUUGGUCCAUAUAAACCUUGGACUUCAAUUACUAAAAUUUCUGGUAUUCAUAAAGAUUGGUGGCAAGCUUGGAUAAAUGAAUUUGGAGCAACAUCGAUCCUUGAUGUGUUAUAUCCUGAUGAAGAAGAAGAGAAAACAAUAGAAGUGCCUGCAUUGAAACCAUUAGAAUCUGGAAAAGAAAAACAGAAAGAAGAAGAAGCUCCAGAAUCCGAAGUUGAAGUAGAUGAACAAACUAAAUUACUUGAUCCUUCAAAUUAUCAAAAAUUUAAAGAUUCAAUUAAACCUACUCUUGAUACAAUGUGGGAUCCAACAAAAGAAGCACCACCAAAACAUGAAAAUAAAGAGAAAAUACAUACUGGUUACUAUGAUAAUAGGGAUUUUAUUAAUCAAUGGGACCAACAAAAACAAGAAGAGGCAAAACCAGAACGUAAAGAACCUGGAAGUGUUGAAGGAGUCGUUGCUCCGGGCCAUAUUCCACCAGUAAUACCUAAAGAGCAACCAGAAUUAUAUGGUCAUAAAUAUGUUGAGCCUGAAAGAGUUUUCGAUACAAGUAAUGAUUAUACUCCAACUCAUAUUCUACACCAGUUUAAUAAGAUAGACAUAUCUGAAGAGAUCAAAGAUGGUGAAGAAAACAACGAUAGUGAACUACAAGCUGAAAACUUGGCUGCUAAUGUAUCUGAUUACAAUGAAAAUUUGGAAACUAUGGAAAAAACAGGUAUGAUUGAAGAAACUGCAUUUGAAGAAGUCUAUGAUGAAAAUUUGGAAGGAAUAGAAGUAGAAGAGCAACAGGAUCAUAUUGAUUAUGACGCAUCUGAAGAGGAAGAGGAAAAUGAAGAUGAAGAUGAUGAAAGUCAAGCUCCUGCUUUAUUUCCAUGGGAAUUUAAAAGAGACAGUCAAACACCAGAAAGGGUAUUCAAAUAA